ACGUGCGAAGACCGUCCAAGUGUGAUAGUCAAAUUUUCGGACAACAAGAUUGUACUCUCCCAGUUAACCCCCACAGGCUCUCUGCUACUUCCGACUUCUGUGGAGCACUCCCACCCAUAUCCAUUUCCAGAAAUUCAGAUUCAGAUUCUAAUCCUCCCUCAUUUCUCUCCCAAUAAUCAACCCACCCAAACUCUCUUUUAUUCCUCUCUUCAUCCUCUUCUAUCUCAUCUCCGGCGAGUCACUCCGGCCAACUCAGGCACGAUCUCGUUAGUUUCCCUCUGUAGAUAUGGACACUGGUACAGGUCCAAGCUUGUUCCCACUGCACCGCUGCAAGACAAUUCACCUGGUUGGUUGUAUUUAGUUUGCAAUUUUUAUGUUAAUUACAUUGCAGAUUUGAAGCUGCUAUAUAUUUGGUUUGAAGAACAUUCAAGAUGGCCUUCUUUCUUGGAUUUUGCUCGCAAAUCAAGGCAUUUGAGGUCUUAUAAAACAAUGCAUCCAGGUGAGGCAUGCUCAAGGGAUCCACAAUGUAGAGGGAGAUAAGAACUUUAAAGCGUUAAUGUCUCCCAAAUUUUUUGAUGCACACCUUACACCACUAGGCUGGCGGCAGGUAGUUAUGUUUCUGUAUUUCUAACAAAUGCAAUGUGAUUCAGUUCGUCCUCUGACUGUCGUCUUGAAUAAGAAUCUUUUACUCCAUGAUGGAUCUUUUAUAAAGAUUUUUUAUUUUUUAUUUUUUUGCUUUCUUUUUUUGUUGUUGUAAUUUUACAGGUUGAUAAUUUGCGUGAGCAUGUCAAAACUUGUGGCCUCUCCAAGGGGAUAGAUUUAGUCAUUGUAUCCCCUUUAUUAAGGACACUGCAAACAGCUGUUGGAGUAUUUGGUGGUGAGGGUUACACAGAUAGGAUGGAUAUAGUACCACUUAUGGCAGCAAAUGCAGGAAACAGUGGCCGUGCUGCAAUUUCAAGUCUUAACUCCCCACCAUUUAUUGCUGUAGAACUUUGUCGAGAACAUAUGGGAGUUAAAUCUUAUGGUCGUUACCAUUGCAAUAGAAUAUGUUAUUAUCGUGAUUGCUAAUUUUCUUUGAGAUAGCUUGAGUAGGAAAUAUUUAAUGGUUUCGCUGGUAAGGCGUUUACCAUUCAUUGUAGUCCUUGGUCUGGGUGGUAGUUAAUGCUUCUGGUGAUGUGCUUGAACUCUCAAUGCAUUGGGAACCAUUUUCAUUUAACAAGCUUAAGAGUUUGGUUUAUAAUUUUUAGUCUUCAUAGCAGUUGUUGGGUCACUUCUUUGAAGAUCCUGCUUCAAAUUUCCUUCAAAAAGAUACCUUGCUUUGCUUGCAGAAUUAUCACUUUUUACCGAAAUAUAAAGCUGGAUGACAUCUAGAUUACCCAUUUCACAAUCUUUCUUCAGUUAGAGUGUAACUAGACAUUGCAUGUUCUUAUAGUGAAAGAUUAAUGACCAAAGCUUCUAUUUACCAAAUGGACUUGAACAUGCAAUGUUCAUUACUUGGUUAAUAGGGAAAAGACUGUGGAUAUGGGUUUCCUUGUUUCAAGAUUCAACCAUCAAGUCUUUUUAUCUUUUUUUCCCAAACAUCGUUUGUUGCAGGGAGUUCACCCUUGUGACAAGAGGAGAAAUAUCAGUGACUAUCAGUUUCUUUUUCCUGCUAUUGAUUUUUCACUGAUAGAAAGCGAUGAGGACAUAUUGUGGAAGGCCAAUGUUAGGGAGACAAACGAAGAAGUUGCAGCUAGGGGAUUGAAGUUUAUGAACUGGUUGUGGACCCGGAAGGAGAAGGAGAUAGCAAUUGUUACCCACAGUGGGUUCUUGUUGCAUACAUUAAGUGCAUUUGGAAAUGAUUGUCAUCCGUUGGUGAAAAAGGAAAUAUGCAAACACUUUGCAAACUGCGAGCUUCGUUCCAUGGUCAUUGUUGACAGAAGCAUGAUCGGAUCGGAUUCCUCAACAACUAACUACCCUGGGAGGACUCCUGCACGUUUAGACCUUCCCAGUGAUGUUUCAAAUGAGAAGACUGAGAAAGGUUCCGAUGCCAACUCCGAUAUCUGAAAGUCAUGUUAAUGCUCAUUGUUUAAGGACAGCAUCCUUUGAAACUCUGUAUCAUUGUUCUUCACAUGGUAUGUUAUUUUCACUUUGGUUUUAAAAAAAAAAAACAGAAACACUGGAACAGAUGCCUUAUUUGGAAACUGCAAUGCCUUUAGAUUCUAACAGCAACCUUUAGAUUAUUAAUGUUCUAUCAACAACUUUUAGAUUAUUAAUGUUCUAUCAAUAAUGAUUUGACAUGUAAGCAAAACUGAGGACCUUUGAUUUUCUUACAAAAGGAACAUUUAAAUGAAAAGGGGCCUUUAUA